GCCCCCUCUCUCCUCGUCCACCACCUCCCCCUCGCCAUGCAGUCUCUCGUCGCCGCACGCACCAACGUAUUCCGGAAGUCUGCGCGGGGCUUCGCGUCGUCGGCGGCGCGCGCGCAGGCCGCGCCCGUCGAGAAGCCCACCUUGAACAAGGAGUUCAAGAUUUACCGCUGGAACCCUGAUGAGCCGUCGAAGAAGCCGACGCUUCAGACCUACUCCAUCGACCUCAACCAGUGCGGUCCUAUGAUUCUCGAUGCCCUCAUCAAGAUCAAGAACGAGAUUGACCCCACACUCACCUUCCGGCGGUCCUGCCGUGAGGGUAUUUGCGGCUCCUGCGCCAUGAACAUCAACGGCCAGAACACGCUGGCAUGCCUUUGCAGGAUUGACCGAACCCCGACCAAGGACACCAAGAUCUAUCCUCUCCCCCACAUGUACAUUGUCAAGGACCUCGUGCCCGACCUCACGCAGUUCUACAAGCAGUACAAGUCCAUCGAGCCUUACCUGCAGAACGACAACGUACCGGCGGACCACGAGCACUUGCAGUCGACAGAGGACCGUAGGAAGCUGGACGGCAUGUACGAGUGCAUUCUGUGCGCAUGUUGCUCGACAUCGUGCCCCAGUUACUGGUGGAACCAGGACGAGUACCUCGGCCCCGCGACGCUCAUGGCCGCCUACCGCUGGAUGGCGGACUCCAGGGACACCUACACGGAACACCGCAAGGAGAAGAUGCAGAACGAGAUGAGUCUCUACCGCUGCCACACCAUCUUCAACUGCGCCCGCACCUGCCCGAAGGGCCUCAACCCUGCCGCCGCCAUCGCCAAGAUGAAGCUCGAGCUCGCCGCGGAGUAGAGCUGUGCACCAUUUUUUGCAGACAGAGGUUCCAUCCCGACAUGGACGAGGUUGGGCCCAGUGAGCGCGAGGAUCGGACCGUCCAGAGGGUACCUACAAGGUCGUACACUAGUCCCUCGUUGUGACAUUUUUAGUAUUAUCAGCAUUCACAUUUUGAAGCA